UCUUAUACGAAGGAAGGAAUCAGUGUCGGCUCUUGGGCUCUGAAAAACGCUUAGACCUGACGAAAACAUUGCACGUUGGGACCAAACGCACGUUCCUCUAAAACGCGCGUUCAACAAACGCUAAUUCCGGGAACCGUCUCGGUUCCUCUCUUUCCCCCGUUCCCGCUUCGCUCCAGCAUUGCUCGGGAUCGCUUCUUUGGCCAAUGUGCCGAAUUUCAUUGCCGUCAGAAUCGCGUUUCAAGGUCGAGAUUAUCGCGGCUAGCCGAGAACUGCGUUCCCAAAAUGGCAGACACAAGAUUCAAGCAAUGCCUGAUUCUUGUGGUAUGUUCAGUUGUGUUAUUAAGAACAGAAGGGCUGUUUGUCAACAUCACAUAUGUGAAAACCGCGAUGGCGAAAGGGGCAGUUUGCUUGGAUGGCAGUCCUCCAGCUUAUCAUUUGGACAAGGGUUCUGGCACUGGAAUCAACAACUGGUUGAUACAGCUUGAGGGAGGAGGGUGGUGCAACAAUGUCACUAACUGUAUUGCUCGGAUGCAUACUCGGUUAGGAUCGUCUAAACAGAUGGCUAAGCAAAUUGCUUUCUCAGCCAUUCUGAGCAAUAGGAAGCAAUACAACCCGGAUUUUUACAAUUGGAAUAGGGUGAAAAUCAGAUACUGUGACGGGUCUUCGUUCACCGGUGAUGUGCAAACUGUCGAUCCUGCUACUAAUCUUCACUUCAGAGGUGCUCGAGUUUGGCUAGCUGUCAUGGAGGAUCUGCUAGCUAAGGGCAUGAUAAAUGCCGAGAAUGCUGUUCUGUCCGGCUGUUCGGCUGGUGGGUUAGCUUCAAUGCUGCAUUGUGACAGCUUCCGAGCUCUCUUACCAAUGGGUACCAAAGUAAAAUGUCUUUCAGAUGCUGGUUUUUUCGUGAAUACAAGGGAUGUUUCUGGAGUCCAAUACAUUAGACAGUACUUUAAGGACGUGGUUACACUUCAUGGAUCGGCUAAGAAUUUGCCGCCUUCAUGCACUUCAAAACUAAACCCUGCUUUGUGUUUCUUCCCACAGUACGUGGCUCGGCGUAUCAGAACGCCCCUUUUCCUUCUGAAUGCAGCAUAUGACUCUUGGCAGAUAAAGAACAUACUGGCUCCCCGAGCUGCGGAUCCAAAUGGGAAAUGGCAAAGCUGUGAACUUGACAUAAAGAACUGCCAGCCAAACCAAAUCAAAGUUAUGCAAGAUUUCAGGUUACAGUUCUUGAGCGCGGUAACAGGCCUCGGGAAAUCUCCGUCGAGAGGGAUGUUCAUAGUUUCAUGCUACACUCACUGUCAAACAGAAACACAAACAUCCUGGUUCUGGACCGAUUCUCCUCGCCUAAACAGAACGACGAUAGCAAGGGCUGUUGGAGAUUGGGUUUACGACAGAAAAUUGUUUCAGAAGAUAGAUUGUCCUUACCCUUGCAACCCCACCUGCCACAACAGGGUUUUUCUCCCUCAAGAACAAGAUGCUCCUCCAUUAUAAAAGAUCCAAUUUUCAACACCACCUACCCAUCACCGUAUAUAUAUAUAUAUAUAUCAAAGAGUAAUUGUUUCUUCUCAUACCUGGCAAUUGAUUCAUUGUUAUACUUUUGAGAUUCGUAGGCUUUUAGUUAGACAGAAGAAAUUGGAUGAAAAGUAAUGAGAAAUAAAACAGAGCAGACAGAGCAUUUCUUCAGCACUCCGUCUUGUGUGCUGGCUGCUCUGCCUCUCCCCCUUCCCCCAUCCUUAAUGUGCAAUUCACAACUCUUUUGAUUAUUA